GGAGGACACAAUCUACGAACCGGUGCAUGUCGGUUUAGACCCUGCCAACAGCUGCAGAAUGUCGAUGACUCUGGCUACCACAUGGGUGAGAAGGGGGGUUGCCGCUCAGUUUCCCACCAAAUACCAAGUCGACGAAGCAGAACUGAGCCGCAUCUCGAAACUAGCACGCCUCCAACUGGAAGAUGCGCAGCAGGAUCUUCUAGACGCACAAAACUCCAAGGCGGGAGGUUUAUCAGAUGAUGACGACUCAGAUGCCGGAGUACCCACAGGAGAAGCCGCAGACACAGCGAAACAGCCUGCGACAAAUACUGAUGACCUAAAAGAAUACAACCUUGACGACUAUGACAAAGACCCCGUGGACGAAGAAGGCCAGAAAUUCGCCAUGUUUGGCAAUGUUGGCUCAUUAGCUUAUCAUGCACCUCAUGAGGAGGAUCCAUAUAUUGUGUUACCUCAAGGAGAAGAAGAGUCCGAAGACGAAAGAGAAGAGCUGCAGAUACUGCCUUCGGACAACUUAAUACUGGCGGCGAAAGUGGAAGACGAGGUUGCGCAGCUAGAAGUCUUCGUGUAUGAAGAUGAAGCUGACAACCUCUAUGUUCACCAUGACAUCAUGCUCCCUGCUGUUCCUUUGUGUGUUGAAUGGAUCAAUGUCCCUGUCGGUAAAGACGCCGAGUCGAGGUCAGACGGGAACUUUGUGGCAAUUGGAACUAUGAAUCCAGAGAUCGAGAUUUGGGACUUGGAUGUUGUCGAUAGUAUGUAUCCCAACGCCAUACUUGGUCAAGAGCCACAAGAGCACCCAGACGAGCCAGAGCAGGACGGAGAGAGCUCAAAAGGCAAGAAGAAAUCGAAAAAGAAGAAAAAGAAGGCAAAGGCGAACGAUGAAUACCACGCCGAUGCGGUUCUAGCUUUGGCUGCAAACCGACAUCAUCGAAAUCUCCUUGCUUCAGCGUCGGCAGACAAGACCGUGAAGCUGUGGGACUUAAAGACCGGCAAGUGCGCAAAAUCAUACACCAUGCACAGCGGCAAAGUUUGCGCCUUGGAUUGGCAUCCGACCGAGUCAACCGUCCUCUUGAGUGGAAGCUACGAUCGCACCGUCAUUGCUACGGAUAUGCGGGCCCCUGACGCAGCGGCACCGAAAUGGGUCGUCGAGGCAGAUGUUGAGAAAGUGAGAUGGGACAUCCAUGAUCCUAAUUUCUUCUUUGUGACCACGGAGGCUGGCACUGUCCAUUACUUCGAUGCCCGGACCGUCCCCGUGUCUCACGACAAGCCGAGCAAGCCUGUAUGGACACUACAGGCCCACGACGGGCCCGUAAGCGCAUUCGAUAUCAGUCCCUCGGUGCCGGGCCUUCUGGUUACUGGCUCGGAGGACAGGAGGGUCAAGAUAUGGAACAUCGAGCACAACAAACCCGCUAUGGUCAUUUCGAGAAAUCUUGAGGUCGGGCGGAUAUUCUCGACGCAGUUUGCCCCAGAUCCGGAGGUUGCCUUCAGGCUAUCAGUGGCGGGAAGUAAGGGGCGGCUGCAGGUAUGGGACAUCAGCACCAAUCCGAGCGUGAGAAAAGUGUUCGCUGGCAGAGUCCAGUUGCCAGAGACGGAUGGUAAAGAGAGAUUAGUUGGCGCCAGUCUGAGUGACCACGAGAGCGAAGAUGACGAGGGAGAGGAGGUUGGAGAGGAGGCCCAAGAUGGUUGGGAGUCCAUGGAUGAAGAUUGAAUAAGGGAAUGGUCUAAGGAUCAAUGAGUUCUUAGUAUGACUGUAUGAAAUAGGAUGAGCGUUGUCAAAUGCGAGAAUGGCAUGCCCCUUGUGAAUGAUAGAGCAUCAGGCCCCAAGUUGUUGC